AUGGGCACCUCCAGCUUCUUCCUCUGCAUCCUAUUCCUCUAUGGGGCACUGGGUCUCACCACUUCCCCUGCCCAGGGAAAGCUCCGCUGCUACACCUGCAGCUUCGCCAAACCCUGCUAUCCUGUUCUCACAGACUGUCAGGAUGAUGAAGCUUGUGGCAUCAGUAUUGGCACCUCAGAAUGGAGUGAGAUCAUCGAGGGCAAAUGCUGCCUCCCAAGGGCCCAGUGCCCUCUGCUGGGCCACGCCACCUACUGGGCACACUCCUAUACUCUUUGGCACCACUGCUGCAAGCAGGAAGUGUGCAAUGCAGCCCCCACACUGCGGCAGCUCCCCAGCCCCCUCCUGACCACCUUGCUCCUCCUGGUGGCCAGCUUCACCUGGGAAUGCCACCUCCAGCACUAGUCUCAAGUGAUCUGUAGCCUUCAACCCAGGACUCCUCCUCCACCACCACCACGGCCCUGGAAACGCCUGCACAGACCCUUCUGAGAUAUGUCCAAGAACCUGAUUUUGUAGAAAGACCCAGAUCUCUGGCCUUCACAGAGCCCUCUGAAUGCCUGAUUCCUAUGGGCAUUGCGCCAGCCCCCACCCAGGCACCUGCCCAGAGCCCAGUCUCAGGAAGAACACCUGUUCCAUGUCUUUUUUUGUCUUCGAGAUGCCUGUUGCUGAUGUCCUCUCUCAGAUCCGGGUCUCUGGCAGGCAGGAGUUUUGGUGAAGCUGUGGGUCCCAGACCAGGGGAUUGAAGGGGUACCAGGU